ACACAGAGGGCGCCGAAUUCCGUUGGAGUCAGGGCUGUUUCCUGUGGGUGAAGGUUGAAUGGCCUUAAAGGCCGAGUCAGUGUCGGAGAAACAUCCUGAUGCGAUUUGACCUUGGCCCGCAGCCGGGAAUCAUGAGUCAGGGUGCUGCCUCAUGGAGACUCCCGCUGCCGCCCCUGCCGAGGGCUUCUUCCCCUCGUUCCUGCUUCUGGCGUGCGGGACGCUGGUGGCUGCCCUGCUGGGCGCCGCUCACAGACUGGGACUCUUCUAUCAGCUGAUGCACAAGGUGGACAAGGCAAGCGUCCGGCAUGGUGGGGAGAAUGUGGCUGCUGUGCUUAAGGCCCAUGGUGUGCGGUUUGUCUUCACACUGGUCGGUGGGCACAUUUCCCCACUGUUGGUGGCCUGUGAGAAACUGGGUAUCCGUGUGGUGGACACACGGCACGAGGUCACAGCUGUUUUUGCUGCAGAUGCUGUGGCCCGCCUGACAGGAACGGUGGGUGUGGCGGCAGUGACUGCAGGACCUGGCCUCACCAACACGGUGACUGCAGUGAAGAAUGCUCAGGUGGCGCAGUCCCCGCUUCUGCUCCUGGGAGGGGCUGCCAGCACCCUGCUGCAGAAACGGGGUGCGCUCCAGGCCAUGGAUCACAUGUCCUUAUUCCGGCCGCUCUGCAAGUUCUGUGCAUCUGUGCGGAGGGUGCGGGACAUUGUCCCCACCCUGAGAGCUGCAAUGGCUGCCGCGCAGUCAGGCACCCCAGGCCCAGUGUUUGUGGAGCUGCCUCUUGAUGUGCAGUAUCCCUACUUCAUGGUUGAGAAGGAGAUGUUGCCAGUCAACUUGCCCAGGGGCCUUGUGGGCAGAGUGGUCUUCUGGUACUUACAGAAUUGCCUGACCAACCUCUUUGCUGGGGCUUGGGAGCCUCAGCCUGAGGGACCUCUGCCUGUGAACAUACCCCGGGCAUCCCCCCAGCAGGUUCAGCGCUGUGUAGAGAUCCUGAGCCGGGCCAAGAGGCCCUUGAUGGUGCUGGGCAGCCAGGCCUUGCUGCCCCCGACACCCGCUGACAAGUUUCGGACUGCUGUGGAGGCCCUAGGAGUCCCCUGCUUUCUGGGGGGGAUGGCACGGGGGCUGCUGGGCCGCAACCACCCCCUCCACAUCCGGCAGAACCGUGGCGCUGCCCUGAAGAAAGCAGAUGUUGUCAUCCUGGCAGGAGCCGUGUGUGACUUCCGCCUGUCUUAUGGCCGUGUCCUCAACCGCAAAAGUAAGAUCAUCAUCGUCAAUCGCGACCGGGACGAAAUGUUACUCAACUCAGAUGUCUUCUGGAAGCCCCAGGAGGCUGUGCAGGGAGAUGUGGGCUUCUUCAUGCUGAAGCUGGUGGAAGGCCUUCAGGGCCAUACGUGGGCCCCAGACUGGGCAGAGGAGCUGCGGGAGGCCGACCGGCAGAAGGAGCAGACCUAUCGGGAGAAGGCAGCGAUGCCUGUAGCCCAACAUUUGAACCCGGUGCGGGUUUUGCAGCUGGUGGAGGAAACUCUGCCUGACAACUCGUUUCUUGUGGUUGAUGGUGGGGAUUUUGUGGCCACUGCUGCCUACCUGGUACAGCCCCGUGGUCCCCUGCGCUGGCUCGAUCCUGGGGCCUUUGGGACUCUAGGAGUUGGUGCAGGGUUUGCGCUUGGGGCCAAGCUGUGUCAGCCGGAUGCUGAGGUCUGGUGCCUGUUUGGGGAUGGAGCAUUUGGCUAUAGCCUCAUCGAGUUUGACACAUUCGUCAGACACAAGAUCCCAGUGAUUGCCUUGAUAGGGAAUGAUGCAGGCUGGACCCAGAUUUCUCGGGAGCAGGUGCCCAGACUGGGCAGCAACGUGGCCUGUGACCUAGCCUACACUGAUUAUCACAAAGCAGCCAUAGGUCUGGGAGCCCGGGGCUUGCUGCUGUCAAGGGAGAAUGAAGAUCAGAUAGUCAAAGUGCUGCAGGACAGCCAGCAGCAGUGCCGAGAUGGCCACCCGGUCGUGGUCAACAUCCUAAUUGGGAGGACAGACUUCCGUGAAGGUGCCAUUUCUGUAUAGUCUCAUGGCCAGUGUGCUUGGCUCCCUGCACCUGAAUUGUGCCCAGAUGAUUUGGAGUCUCAUCCUUGCCUGCUCUGGUCCUAUCCCAUGAGGUCCAGUGACUUUGAAGCCCUCUCUGGGGGGCGGGGGGAAGAGGGAUCAAAGCUUAGAGGGGCACCUGGCAGCCCUGCAGAGCUUUCGGCCUUUGUGUCUAGCUGUACAACCGUGCCCUUUCUUCCCAGCUUAGUCUGAAUAAACCACCUUUGCCCAUGUGGGCCCAAGGA